GAUUUUGUAGCGUCCUGUUCACAAACGCAACUCACCUUUCGGGCUUACACCACACACACACACACACAGAGGGGGAGAGAGAGAGAGAGAGAGAGAGAGAGAGAGAGAGAGAGAGAGAGAGAGAGAGAGAGAGAGAGAGAGAGAGAGACACAUAAGCAUAGACACGUUAAGUGCGAAGAGGAAACGCUGUGGUAAGGCAGGUCUCCAAUCUCAGCACCUCCCACCAGAGCCCUCCUGCCCCGCUGUGCACCUGCCCUGUGCUCACACAGCAUAAACCACUUCCAGCGAUCACGCACACACCCACAGCACCAAAGACACACGCACACACACCUUAAACCAGAAGUGGGGCUGCUGUGAGUUUUACCCUAGAGGUGCGUCGGAUUUAACAGUUGCCGGACUAAAUAGGUUACUUCCUAUUGGAUAUAAUUCAUAUUAAGCAAGAGGUGUCAUGUCAAAUACAUGGAAUUAAUUUGAAAGUGAAUAAUUUCGUGUGCAACUAACAGUUUAACCGCAGUUUAAUUAAAUUUCCUCAUCGGUGGAUAUUUUGCAUCUGGUGAAGUCUGCCGCGGAGUAUUAAAAUUGCAUCUAUGCUUCUUGCCCUGCACUCGGAAACUGUUGAAUCGUUGACUUGCGCGCUAUUCUGAGGCUGUGGGCCGCAUGGAUCGUAUGACCGCGUGGCUUUAGGGGUUUUGUGCUCGGCUCGAGGGAUGGCGGAGGUGGGCGCGCUGCUGCAGGGCGCGGAGGGCGCGGGAGCCACGAGCUCGCUCCUGUUCCUGCCGCCGCUCGCCGAGACUCUCGCGCUGCUCGGAGAUCAACGGUUUCCGGCCGAAUGGCUGUCUCGCAGCUCACCGGCCGACCUGGUGCACUUAAAGGGCAUCCUGAGAAGGAGACAGCUUUAUUGCAGAACCGGUUUCCACCUGGAAAUGCUACCGGACGGCACAGUGCAGGGCACGAGGAAAGACCACAGCCGGUUCGGUAUUUUGGAAUUCAUAAGCCUUGCAGUUGGAUUAAUCAGCAUCCGAGGAGUGGACAGUGGCCUCUACCUUGGAAUGAAUGACAAGGGGGAACUUUAUGGCUCUGAGAAACUGACAGCUGAAUGUGUCUUCCGGGAACAGUUUGAAGAGAACUGGUACAACACCUAUUCCUCCAACCUCUACAAACAUGGAGAGAAAGGAGCACGCUACUAUGUGGCCCUCAACAAGGAUGGAACACCACGAGAUGGGACAAAGUCAAGGCGACAUCAGAAGUUCACACAUUUUCUCCCCAGGCCAGUAGAUCCUGAUAAAGUGCCUGAACUUUACAAAGAAGUUUUAGGACACAGUUGAGACAAGCAGCUUGGUGUCUAAAGAGGAAUAGGCCUGUUAAGCCCUGUUCUAAUCAAAGGAACAGAGGAUAUGGAUGGGUGUCUAGUAACCAAGAUACACUCGCCAGUGCCACAAAGAUGACAUGGGUUCUUGCGUCAGGAAGCACAGACCAGAAAUUAUGGUAAAGCGCUCAGUCCUGGUCAUUUUUCGAAGUGCUACUAGAUACAGAAGGUGUCCCAAAGUCCAUGGGUCUAACUAAAACUACUUAGCAAUAGGCCUGCUGCUGAAGAGUAAGAAGAGAACAUUUCCUGUCUGAUGCUGGAAAGGACAUUUAUAUGACAAGUCCUUUAGAUGGUUUAUUAUCGACUGGCUUUGGAGUAAACUGAAGGAACACUACUUAUGUGAUGUGCAGAUAUGUCAAGAUUGAAAGCUGUGGAGAACAGAACACAUAAGCAGGAUAUUAUUUAUACAGUUCACACUACAUAUAUUUAUUUUAUGUAUUUAUUUAUUUGAUAAUAUAUAUAUAUAUAUAUAUUUUUACAUCUAAAUGUAGACUUAUCUAAUUAGAUACACUAUAGAAGGUGCCUUAAGCUUGCAUAAAAUCAGAUGUGUUCAUAGAAAUAUGACUUUAUAUUCUCACUAUGAUAAGUACACUUGUGCAUUUUCUUUUCAGACGUAUGUAAAAUGGUUGAUAUUUCUAUAAUGAUUUCAAGAAGCUUCAAAACAAUUCUGUGUCAAUUCACUAUAACACCGAGAACAGCAAAUCAAAAAGUCCUUUUUUAUAGGAUAAUUUUUAAAAUGCACGUACAUUAUAUUAUCUUCCCCAGAUUUUAUCUGUUUAGAAACAUGUCAUCGAUAAAUUACUUGAAAUGUUACAGACAUAAAAAUAGAAAUGUUCCCUUUUUGUUUGCUUUCUGUGACCCUAGUUAUUCUGUGAACAGAAUGUCCAGCACUCAUCAACUUCAAAGCUCCUUUUAGAGACCUUCUCAUGUAACAACCUCCCAAUGACAAGAUCAGGGUGAAAUAAAAACUCAACCUUAGCUGCAGUCUAGUGGUUUGGCAGUCUUGUACAAAAGGGGUCAACCUGAUAAGUAUUAAGCCAACUAUUUCAGAACAAAAAAGCUUAAUAUAACCACUUAAGCACAUAUCACUAACAACUGAUGUCUUACUGAAAUAUUAAUCAUGAAAGGUAAUCAUUUGUUUGGUCAGUUUUUCAUUAUAUCUGUGACAUAUGGCUUUAUGUGUAUUGUCUGAGAAUAACAUAAAUUGUCUGUACCUGCAAUUAAACCAACUGUCACUUAGACAAUAUGAGAUUCUAAUACCUGAGGCUCACCUUUUUCUUACUGUGUUUGAAUGGCUCAAUGAGCAAUUUCCACAACAAUGAGCAAAAAAGCAUAUCAAGCUACAGUUUCCGUAAUGCUUGGAUGAAUAUUUGUGUCGAAGCAUGAAAGCUGUGCUGUGUGAUCUCAGCAUCUCUGUGAUGGUGAGCCAGAGGCUGUCAUGA